UCUGGGCAACAUGGUAAAAAACUUGUCUCUACAAAAAUAAAAAUACAAAAUUGACACAAAAACAAAAAACAAUGUAGAUUCCCAGAAUAAUUUAGCAGAUAGGCCAAAUAAUAGUGUACUGGGGACAAUGUUUACAUUCCUUACCACUGAGCCUUUAAAUGCUAGAAGUGACAGUUCAGAACCCUAAAUUGCUUUGGAAGGGAAGUUAUAGGGGAAAGAGGAAAAAGAUCUGGGAAGUGGAGGGUGACAUCAUUCACACUGUUCCAGCUCCCAAGUUGAAAAACAAGGUUAGGCUUUGGUGGUUUCUUUUACCCACUGUGAAACAAACAAGAAACAAACUAACUUACCCAUGACACUAUUUUGUAGUAGGUAUUCUGAAUCUGUAUCUUUCUCCUAUCUUCCUAUAUGGCAUAUAUAUGCAUGCACAUACACAGUUACAGUAUUUUCUAUAAUUGCCCAAGUCUUUGUUCAGCACAAAAGCAGGUUCCGAGUGAAACAAGUUCAUGAAUUUUCCACAGAAAAUCUUAACCAAAAAAAGUAAGAGAUUACUGUAAAGCCUGUCUAUUUGAUUUUUUUACUUUUAGGGUAAAUAAAAUAAUAAUAAUAAAAAAAAAUAAAUUUCUUAACAUCCUUUAACAAAGAUCUCCAAAUCAGAAUCACAUGCAAAUCCAGUUAAAAUCAAGUACAGUGUCACAAGUAGCAGGUUAAGUAUUCUUAUUUGUGUCUCAAAAAUGACUACACCACUGUGAAAUGUGUGACUUUUUCCGGGAAAGAAAAUUGUAUACACCUAGAAUUUUCACCUUAUGUUUACUUUAAAAAGGUGACACUAAAUCAAUAUACAUUAUUUUCCAAAAGAUGACAAUAUUAUUCAAUAUUAAGCCUGCCUGAUUAAAAAAUAACUCAGGCAUUUAGAAAUAGUUAAACAUUCACAUUUGGAUGAAGAAUUAAAUAUUUGCAUCUGCUUAACUGACAAGAGGAAAUUCAAUUUAUUCUAAGUACCUCUUAUUACUUCAAAGGAUAGACAUGAAAAUCCUUUCACAACAAAUCCCUUCCCUGAUACAGUUAAAUGCAAAUUCUCUUUUCCGUCUUACUCCAGAAAGCUCCUGCAUACAUAGGCUGAUACGCCACCUACUGCAAAACCGAGCUGACAGCGCAGGCGAUGCUGCCAGUGUUUCCAUUCCAUCACCAGGCUGGGGCUGAAUAAAGGCGUGCUUGUGUGGUAGUGUUUCUUUUUAAAAAAUCUCAAAGCCAAGAAGAACAAGCUGAAAUAGCAUCUUCAAAAAAUGGAGCGUAAAAUAAACAGAAGAGAAAAAGAAAAAGAGUACGAAGGGAAACACAACAGCCUGGAAGAUACUGAUCAAGGAAAGAACUGCAAAUCUACACUGAUGACCCUCAACGUUGGUGGAUAUUUAUACAUUACUCAAAAACAAACGCUGACCAAGUACCCAGACACUUUCCUUGAAGGUAUAGUAAACGGAAAAAUCCUCUGCCCGUUUGAUGCUGAUGGUCAUUAUUUCAUAGACAGGGAUGGGCUCCUCUUCAGGCAUGUCCUAAACUUCCUACGAAAUGGAGAACUUCUAUUGCCCGAAGGGUUUCGAGAAAAUCAACUUCUUGCACAAGAAGCAGAAUUCUUUCAGCUCAAGGGACUGGCAGAGGAAGUGAAAUCCAGGUGGGAGAAAGAACAGCUAACACCCAGAGAGACUACUUUCUUGGAAAUAACAGAUAAUCACGAUCGUUCACAAGGACUGAGAAUCUUCUGUAAUGCUCCUGAUUUCAUAUCAAAAAUAAAGUCUCGCAUUGUUCUGGUGUCCAAAAGCAGGCUGGAUGGAUUUCCAGAGGAGUUUUCAAUAUCGUCAAAUAUCAUCCAAUUUAAAUACUUCAUAAAGUCUGAAAAUGGCACUCGACUUGUACUAAAGGAAGACAACACCUUUGUCUGUACCUUGGAAACUCUUAAGUUUGAGGCUAUCAUGAUGGCUUUAAAGUGUGGCUUUAGACUGCUGACCAGCCUGGAUUGUUCCAAAGGGUCAAUUGUUCACAGCGAUGCACUUCAUUUUAUCAAGUAAUUACCUGUGUCACGAACAAAGGCAACAAGCAUGCAGCCAGCAAGCUUCGGAAAACCACAGCAUCAAAGGCAUCCCAAAUAACAUGCCCAGCUAGCUCUGUACUACAGAGCCCUGCUACUAAUCAAUUACUGUGAGCUAACGGUAUGUAAAUUCUAUCGCUAAAGAUGUCCUUCCUCUGGGGUGUUCCUGCUGAUCAGACUCUUCCACCUAAGAUGAAAACAGUAACCUUCUAUAUACUGUAAAUAAAGACUGAAUGCUUUUGCUAUUUAUUUGUCCUUAAGCUGUCUUUCAAUCAGAUUGUCUUGGGUAUUUGCACAAAAAACAAAGCAUGUACAUUAUCUAUCGUUCAUUUCAGUAACUGGUAAUAAAAUAUUUUAAGGGGCUAUUAAGAUUUGAAAUCCUUUCUACUAUGGCAAAAAUCUACAGAGAAACUGAACUGGUAAAAUUAACCACCUGGAGCAAAACAGAUGUGCAGAUCUAACUAAAACAGAGCUAUAGUGAAGCAAAAUGAGAUUGUAAGAAGACAUUAAAGCUAUUGAUUUGAUUUUUCCAUAGCAGGCACCAAAAGCUCAUAUUCACAGUUCCUGUGUUUCAUACUAGACUUAUAGCUGAAUUGGUAUUUUGCUGAAAAUUCCUAGAAAACUGCUUGAUGACAAUAAAAAGUAAAUAAAAGCACUGCUACCUUCUUUGAUUGUAUUAAUGAUUAUAAUAAAAAGUUACACAUCACUUUAAAAGCAAACAGUACCACUUGAUGAUUUUGCACAAAAUUAUGCAUAGAUGUAGUCAACCGGCAGGCUACAGUAACCCUGGCUGGUCCUGGAAGUGACAAAACCCAGCAAAUUCAAUUCUUUGCAGGCUGAGUUCCCACAAAGCAUGGCUAACUUGGUCUCAAUAGAGUAUGUGUUAUUAGAAUAAUAAAGGAGUUGAUUUUCAGAA